GCUAGCUGUCCAAAUAUUGUUUCUUUGGGUUGAGGAGCAGAUUCCGGAGCUCCUGUAAGCACUCCCUUUUCUCUUCUUGGGGCUAUCAAACUUUCGAAGCACCAUGAUGGGUUCUUCACAUCUGGAUCACUUCCACCAAGAAGAGCUUCAUGGCCUCGCCUCUUUAGCCACGGUUCCAGCUUUCCAUGAUCUUGCCUGCAGCCGUGAGUGGAACCAAAACCAGCUACUUAACUUGGGUGACUACAUUUCAAACGCCAAUGGAACUCUAAAUCAUGAAAUCUCUUCCCAUAGCUCACCGAUGAUUCAAGACAUGGGGUGUCACUGGGCUUGCAAUGACCAAGAGGGCUUCGUGAACCAGCUGCCUGCCUAUCAACUUAACCUAGCCAAGGCCAAAGAGGAGUUGACAGACAACUCUUUCCGGAAGCUCGAUGGGUUCUUUAAGGAUCACUCGGAUCACGACGACCAACCACACGAAAAGCUCUUCAUGAGGGCAUUAGCGUCAGAUUGUCAGAUGGAUGGCCUUAGGCCGCUGCCGGGAAACUUGCCAGAAAACUCGAGCUUCGAUAGUUAUGAAGGUGGCCACGUGGCUCUUCCGACUGCUAAUUUUUCGCAGUCCUGUCCGCAUCGGCCAGGCAUGAUGGAUGAUGUUCGUGCAUUGGAUCUCUCGGCUUCAGCUGGAUUAGGAGGAGGGGUCAGCUUUUGCCAACCGUCGCUGGCUGGAAUGUCUUUGCUAGGAGAGGAUGCGUCUUCCGGGCUCGACCAUCUACAAGAAUCGAUUCAAGGACCAUUUUACCUCCAUCAUAAAAUGCCAUCUCUGGUCAGCGGAGUAACAGAAGCGAUGAGAUGCAACAGCAGUUGGGAGCACAAAUCAUGUCAAGCAGCACCGGGAAACCCUCGGUUCCAGCACCUGCAGCGCCCUUCCUGCUCUCCGUUCAAGGUGAGGAAGGAGAAGCUGGGGGAUAGGAUUGCAGCACUGCAGCAGCUGGUGGCACCAUUCGGCAAGACUGACACGGCUUCAGUGCUCAUGGAGGCCAUCGGAUACAUUAAAUUCCUAUUGGACCAGGUCGAGAAGCUAAGUGUGCCGUACAUGAGGUCAUCCGGCAGCAAAAAAAGAUCAAGGACAACGCGAGAGGCAUCGAAUGAAGAGGCAAAGCGAGAUCUGAGGAGUCGAGGGCUUUGCCUGGUGCCCUUGGCCUGCACAUCAUACAUGACAACAACGGAGCAAGGAGUUUGGUCGGCAGCCACAUAUGGGGGAAGUGAUUGAGUGUGUGUACUCAUUUCCAUGGGAAGAAGCUGCAGCACGAGGUUUUGAGCGAGUAAUUCCAGCUCUGGGGAGACAAAGAAACGAACGUUGCAUGUUCCACCACCACCUUUCUCAUGAGGUCAUCCAGUUUGGACUUGUAAUGGCGACACAUAUGUAUGAUACGAGUCAAAGGAGCAAAUUAACUCGUUCAGCUUAUAAGAAAUAGCAGGGCGUGGGUGAUUUUUGUAGAUCAAUCUACCAUCUGAAACAAGUAACUACAUGUAAUUGUGGUCGCUGCAUUGAUGGGGUUGGUGGUGGUGUGUCAUAGGUGUUUUCUGAUCAUUCAUUCAUUCAUACAUGAAAAUCUUCUCCGAGAGA